AUGAAAUCUCUCCAAAAAUUACUCAAAAAUAACAAGGAUUUAGGACAUCAAUAUAUUGAUUUUAUGUAGCUUUUUGAAAAGAAAUUAAAAUCAUGCAUUAUCAAUCAUAAUUCACGUAAGAAUAUUCUUGCUCAAUAUAAAUAAUAACAGUACAUUCAUUAACCAAUGCCUUUUUUUGAAUCAGAAGAACUGAUUGUAUAUGGUUCAUUUGAGAAUAGUAAUAUUCAUGGAUGUUGUUAAGAAGAAAAAGGAGUCUUAAAUGUUUUACUUUCAAGUGAUACCAAUACAUAAGGAUGUACUUAAUGGUUUUACUUUGGAGUUAAGAUACAUAAUUAAGGAAAACUGAAGAUACGUAUAUUAAACAAUCGUCGUUAAAAUACACUGUUUAAAGAUUGUAAUCAUGUUUAUGUAUAUGAUGAUGAUAAAUGGACUGUUGGAUAAACCAAAGAGAUGUACUAUUACAGAACAAAUAUAAAUCAUCCAUUUUAUCAUCAUGAAGAUGCUGGAAUAGCCUAACUCUAAUAAAACUUCUCUUUGUAUACUUUAGAAUUUACAUAUGAAUUUAAGCAAACUGAAAAAAUAGUAUUUUUUGCAUUAACUCGGCCAUAUCCAAUAAAAAAGCUUUAAAGAUUUAUUGAUUAAUGUCCAUUAUAAAGAAAAUCAGUAUGUAUAACAACUUUAGGAUUACCGAUAUGGUAAUUAAAGACACCAAAAUAGAAUGGAUAAUAAAUAGUAGUAAUAUUGGCUAGAUAACAUCCAAGUGAAACAGCUGGUUCUUUUAUAUGUUAAGAGAUAUUACGUAUUUUAUGUAAAGGACAUGCUUGUAUGAAAAAAUAUAGAUUUAUAAUAUAUCCAAUGUUAAAUCCAGAUGGUGUGUUUCUCGGUAAUUCUCGUUGUAAUUUCAAUGGGAUAGAUUUGAAUAGGUAGUUUAUAGAAAUGUAAAUUUAGAAAAUGGGAUAAUCCAAAAUAAAAGACUGAGCCAGAAGUACAUUAUGUAAUAAAAUCGAUUUAAAAAUAUACUAACAUUGCUUUUAUGUUAGAUUUGCAUGGUCACUCAAAAAAGUUUAAUUAAUUUCUUUACGGUUGUUUACAUGGAAAGAGUGUAUCAGAAUACAUGAAAAUAAGAUAGUUUGGAAAGAUUCUAGCUUAGCAUAAUGAGAUAUUCUAAUUCAAAGUACCUUAAUAUUUAAUAGAGGGAUUGUUCAUAUGGUGUUAGUCCAGAUAGAUUUGGUACAGCAAGAGUUGCAUUAUGGAAGAGAUUGAAUAUAACAAAUUCAAUGACAAUAGAAACAAGUAUCUAUGGUUAGAUGGGUCGAGCUUUUAGUUUAGAAGAUUAUCAUUCACUAGCUUAAAACAUUUUACAUGCACUAGAUGUAUUUAAUGAAUAGAUUGAUUCCCCUGAACUGAAUAUCAAUAGAGAGAUGAGCAAAGCACUCAAAUAUGAUAGUGGUAGUGAUUCAGAGGCAGAAUAAGAUUUAAUAAUACCAAGACCAAAUAGGAUUAAAAUAACAUCUAGAAAAGAAUCUUCAUGUAAACAUCAAUCUGUUGGAUAUGGAUGUAUUAAACCUAAAAUAGAUACUCCACAAUUGAUACAUUAACAUAGUUAAUUUUUUAAGGAUUAAUCUUUUGUGGAAUUACAACCAUAGCCUUCGAAACUUCUUAGUAUUAAUUCAAACAAAGUUCAACUUCAAAAAAUAAGGUCUCGAAUGAAUUCCUUUUAAAGUCAAUAUAUAGAGGAACAACCUAAAUUAGGAACCAUGAUAUCAGCUUUGCAAGUUAAAUAAUUAUUUAAAUGAA